AUGCGUUCCUCAACAGCAAGUUUGAUCUUGGCCUUCUGCGCCAUAUUGGCAGUUCAGGCAGCUCCAAUAGAUACAACUACCAAUGUCGCUCGUUCAGUUUCUGGUAUUGAGGCAAGAGCAGAGUUCGGAAUUGUUGCUCGUGAUAAUGAUUACGACGCGGAGGGUAAUGAGAUCGAUGCAAGUGGCAACUUGAUCGAACGUGACACUGGUUACAACGCAGCCGGUGAUGAAAUCGAUGAGAAUGGAAAUGUUAUCGAAAAGAGAGCCAAGAAGAACAAGGCAGCCAAGAAAGCUAAUGCACGCGCUGAGACUGGCUACGAUGCGGAAGGCAAUGAGAUUGAUGCAAAUGGCAACUUGAUCGAGCGUGAUUCGGAGUACAACGCUGCAGGCGAAGAGGUUGAUGAGAAUGGAAAUGUCAUUGAAAAGAGAGCCAAGACAAACGCACCUGCUGAGACUGGCUACGAUGCGGAAGGCAACGAGAUUGAUGCAAAUGGCAACUUGAUCGAGCGUGGUAAGUUGCAGCUUUCUUCAUCCUCUCCUAUGAAUGUUCUAACAGUUUUAGGUGCCGACGGAUAUGAUGCUGAUGGCAAUGAAAUUGACGCCAGCGGAAACAUCAUCGAACGUCAGACAAACACCAAGAAAACCAAGAAGGCAAAGAAAGCUCGUCGUGAUACCGAGUACGACGCUGAGGGAAAUGAAUUGGACUCCAACGGAAAAGUUGUCGAGAAACGUGAAACCGGCUAUGAUGCCGAGGGCAACGAGAUUGAUGAGAGCGGAAACCUUAUCGAGAAACGUGAAACCGGCUAUGAUGCCGAGGGCAAUGAGAUUGACGAGAACGGACAAUUAAUCGACCGUUCCACCGAUGGAUAUGAUGCAGAAGGCAAUGAAAUCGAUUCCAACGGACAAAUCAUUGAGCGUCAAACCAACAACAAGAAAAACAAGAGAGCCAAGACCGCACGCAGAGAUUUCAACUACGAAUCCCAAUACGACGAGGCCGGCAACGAGAUCGACGAGAACGGAAACUUGGUCAACGUCUGA